ACAACGUACAAACCCAAAUUAUUUGUUAACAAUUUUUAACUAACACAAUUGCAAAAUUUAAAGUGACACUACUAUUUUAUAAAAAUGCUUAAGAAAUUUGUAGAGAUUAAUGCGGACAAUUGUCCGUCGGAGAAUCCUUAUGCAGUACGCACGUACAUGGGCGAUCCCGUUACGACGGAAUGGAAGGUUGAAAAUUGUCCGCCACGUGAACGUGUGUGCCAAAAAAAGCCGCCAAACUCCACAAUCUCUCAAGUCCUGACUAUUGAGGAUGAGCUGCGACGCUUGCAUCAGAAGGCCGAAGAGUCCCGUUUUAUCAGACCCUUCAAGAAGCGGUGCCAGCUUUAUGAUGAAUUCACUAUGUGCGUCAUACCACAGCGCACACCGGACGAACUAAAAGUCAAUGCCGAGAUGCGGGAGCGUAUACUGUUGGGCAAAUUGGAUGCUGGAUUAGUGGAGCACGAUGCGCGACUUGAUAGAACAUGUCCGAAAGAUUUGGUGGCCCUCAACAGUCCUAUGAAUCUAGCUGAAGAAGAAGAGGAAGAAGAAGGUGAAGAGGAGGAUGCUGAGGUGAAGCCACAAUUAGCCACGCCGGAGUGCAGCUCCAACAUGAUUAUUAUACCAGACAAGCGAAUGCUGCAACUAAAGCGUCCCAAGAGUCGCAUUUACCUCAACGAGACUCAAGUGGGUCCUUUGGAGGAGCUGCCAUUUCCCUCGUACAAUCCGCGUGUCAUACAGGAGGGACUAGAGGGUGAAAAUCUGCGCACCUACGAUAUUAUUGAGGGCUGUAGUCCCCAAGACUUGUGGACCUGGAAUGUGGGCUUGCAAAGGCGUGAAAUUGAAAUGGAUCAGGAUUUUAUAACUGCCGCUUUGCCUAAAUAUUCCUACGAAGGCGAGCUCACCGUCUAUAAUAUACCCACGCAGCUGGAGAAGACCUUCGCUGCUGAAAUUGUAUUCGGCGGUCGCAAUAUCUAUCCGGAGCCCAAACAGGACUCGAAUAGACAGCGAUAUUAUUAUCGUCCCAGCGAAAUAGCGGCUAUAAUUAUAGCCUUUGUGGAGACGUAUCAUCUGAAUCCGGAUUUUUGGACCGCCGGCACCAUGGAUAGUAUUUUGAAGCGCGGCGUUAAGCUGACACAACGCAGCGUGCAGCUGAAUUACAAGUCGGAGGUGAACGACUUUGACAUAUUGCCACAGGUAAUGGAUCGCCAGGCAGCCGUGACCAUCAAGCUGCACUUUUCCGGACUGAUGAAGAACGAGCCAAACAUCUACAAAGCGCUCUCACUGUUUUUCUCCAAGUACAAUGCUUGCAUACUCACCUCGCCUACGAAAGAUUUGUUUUUGCUCAUUUGGAAGCGCUGCCAGAACUCGUUUUAUAUAUUCGAUCCGAAUGGCCGUAAUGAUCUCUGCCAGCGCGACUUUGAGGAGGGCAAAUGCUCGCUGAUGGCAACGCGCUAUAUUGAGCAUCUGGUGCAUUUGAUACAGACCUUUAGUGAUCUGGAGCCGGCGGAUGAGUUCAAUAUCUAUGAGAUAGCCAUGUCGCAGUAUGGCAAACUCAAGGAGCCGCCCAUAAAGAAGGACGACAACUUUGCCUACCACAAGCUCUGGGCAGUGGUCAAUGAGUAUUAUGCCGUCAAAACAGGCGGCAAUGGUGGCAUUCAGCAGCCCAUUUCGGGCAAGGAGAAGAAUGCUUCAUUGGUGGUAUCGCUCAUAGCGCUCAUCUACGCGGAGUUUGAGCUGGCCAAGCUGUGGAGCCCCAUGACCAUUGAUGACAUACUCAGAUACGGCGUUGCCUACUACAAAACGCUGCGCAAAAAGUUUCGCCUGGACGGCAAGCGCUGGAAGAACAAAAAGCCCGAACUGAACGUAGUGGAUUUGCCUGAAAUGUUUCUCAUGGGCGCCUUUAAGGCGACGGUGCGUAAGCGUCCCUUUCUGCUCACUGGGCAUGUCACCGAUUGCAAGAACUACUUGGAGUCACAACUGGUGCAGGCGUUGCAUCAGCUCUUCCAAAUCCCCGAGUGGCCAGCGGCUCUGCUGCAAAUCGAUAAUUCCGUGAUGGGCAUUUGGCGUGAUCGCGAGUUCUUCUAUGUGUUCGAUCCGUUUCGACGCAAUCGCGUGGGCAUGGUGGUUGAUCCGGAUGAUUAUCGCAUCAAGGGCUUGGCCGUGCUGCAGAUGCACACGACCUUUGACUCGCUCUGCCGCUUUCUCUAUCAGAAUGCGCUGAAGAUGCGGCGUGGUGGCAAGUUCUUUAUACAUGGCAUACGCACCGGCUGCAUACGUCCGUUGCAGGUGAUGACGCAGACUACCAACAAGUUUCCAGCGCUGCAGAUGGGACUGCCAACGUUUACGGACGAGCCGGAGGAGCCGGCGCUGGCGCAGAAGAAGAGCAUUGAGAGCAUACCGGAGGAGGAGCGUGUGCCGGCCAAGGAUGAAAAGGAAUGGAUUGAGGAGCUUAUACUGGGCAUCAUUAGUGGCAUCAUCAAGUCGCUGCCCGAGCCCAUGCUGGAUCGGCCACAGCUCUACAGACCUGGCAUGAAGGUGCUGCUGCGCUCGGAUAAGGAGAAUUUGCGCGCGCUGCGGCUGAAGAUUAAGCGCGGCUAUGAGCUGGGCGAGGAGGAGCAGGAGGAUCUGAAGCGUGUGCUGACCAUCGAAGAGGAGCUGGCCUUGAAGAGCAACUACGCCAUGCUGCACGAUGGCGCCUACAUAAUUAUGGGCAGGACCAAGCUGCCCAUGCUGGAUGCUGAGAUGACCAAGCUGGGUGGUCUGCUGGCCGCCUUGGUGGCCACUGCCGUCUCGGCCAAGUACAAGGUGUCCACCUGGAACGCCGAUCUGGUUGAGUUCUGCCUGGAUGCUGUCAAUGAGUUUGGUGAAAACUAUCAGAACUAUGAGUACAUGCUCGCCUGUCUGCUGGCCAAGAAGCUGCCCGACAUUGCCGUGGGCAGCAGCAACUUCUCGCUGGUGGUGCCCGAGGUCUACAAGUCGUCGGUCACCAAAACGUUGCGUCAGGAUCUGCUUGAGCUGCUCAUCAACAACAAUCGCGUGCUGCUUGUUUGUCAGCACUUCUCCUGCGCCAUCUUCAAGCGCUACAAUCUGCUCUACAUGUUCAUCGGCUUUGCCUGCACCUCCAUAGGCUAUCGCAAGGGCAGUCCAGGUCCGGCCUGCAUGAUGCGCUUUGUCGAGCUGGACUCGCUCAUACGCCGCAUUGAGUUCGGCUGCAAUCCGCAGGGCUGUGCUGUAAUGAACUACAUUGUGGCCUCGGUUCAGAUUGUGGACAACAAUCUUGAUGGCCGCUUUAGGCGCUGGGGCAAGGACGAUGAGGAUAAUGAGUUCAAGGCCGAGUCGGCGUACAAGAAGAAGCUGCGUGAGAAGCAAUUGGAGAAGAUGCAAUUCAUUGACGCAGAACUGAACAAGGAGAAUAAGCGCAUUCAGGCCUUCCUAAAGGCCAAGAAGGAGCACGAAGACCGCAAAAAGGGCAAGAAGGCCAAGAAGGGCAAGCCCGAGUACAAGGACACGGGCCUGGACGAGGGCAGAGGCGAGCACGAAGAGGAGGAGCUGGGCAUGGACGAGGAAGAGGGCGAGGGCGAAGAGGAAAUCGAGCUGCAGCACAAGCCCGGCAAGCGUCUGCCCAAGGAGGUGCGCAUACCCUACAAGCCACGCCCCAUUCUCUACGGCUAUCGCAUGCGCGAGAAGGAUUGCAACUUUAAGAUACAGGGCAGUCUGAAUCUUGAUGGUCGCAACGACGGCAGCUUCAAGGAGAUCAAGCCGUGCUACUUUGCCGCUGCGCUGGCCGUGCUCAGCUGCUCACUGCGUCCGCUGAAUCGCUGGAACAGCUAUCGCAUCGAUCGCGUCAUUACCAAUGCCAAGACAAUUGCAUCGCGUGUCUGUGAUCUGGAGUCGGUGUUUGAGCGCGUGGUGCGCCACGUGAGUAUCGAUGACUAUGAGUUCGACAUAUGGAUACGCAUCUUUGAGCCGAUGGGCAUGUGGGUGCCAAAGGCGAAGCCAGCGCAGCUGACGCCCGAGGCGGCCAUGACCAUAUUCAAAAAGAAGCUCAGCAAGACGCUGGCCGAACGCAAGUACCUGAUGAUAUUCACGCCCAAUGGCUGCUUUGCCUUGUACCAUGAUGAGUUCUAUCAUCUGUUCGAUGCCUAUGCGACCAUGGAAAAGGCGGGCGAUGCCGAGGAGCAGGAUGCCGAGGAAGAGCAAGAGAAGCAGAAGUGCCCCAGAGGACCCAAGCGCUAUCCGGAACGCAACACCGCCAGCUGGGUGCUGUUCGCCGACGUGGAGUCGAUGCUCAAGUAUAUAGACGAGCGCGUCAGUCAGUCCGACUGGCGCCAGGCGAAUCAGUACAAGUUCUAUGUGGUGGAUGUGCUGUCGUUCAAGAAGGCAGCACCCAACGAGCGCAUACUGCGUCUGCUGACGGAUCUCUCAGUGCCCAUGACCUGCUCGAACAAGCACUAUGGCCGGCCGGAGUACGAGAUUUGCGCCACCAACGAGUCGCUGGGCUGGCUGGAGCUGGAGAACUGUCUGCCCGUGUGGAGCAGGCUGAAUCGACGCAACACCUCUGGCAAGUAUCGCAACAUGCCGCUGAGCAAGCUCAAGAAGUUCGAUGUGGAGAUCGAUGGACGCUUGUGGUCGCUGUGGGGCAAUCUGCAUCCGGAGGCGCCUUGCUUUGACGACACUGUGCGUGGUCGCCAAUAUCUGGCUAUAUAUGUCAUAGCCUGCUGUGCUGCCAGUGUCUAUAAUCUCAUGGAUUGGAGCGCGCAAAUGCUGGACACGAUUGUGGUAAAUGGCAACAAAUAUUUCCAGGACAGCGCCGAGCAGAUCAAGAAGGAGGACUACGAGUUCUCGCUGGAGAAUCUCAACAUUGACUGCGCGCUGGAGACGCUCAACUUUGUGGUGCACAUCGAGCAUGUCUGCUAUGGCAAACUCUAUCGCGUGCCCACCUUCAAUCGCAUGAAUCUCUCCGAGGCGCUCAUCUACUUCUUCAGCCAUUACCAGUACGGCAUUGUCAUGGUGCGCAAGCGUGCCCUGGCCAUUGGCUUCUGUCCGGGCCACAAUGGCGGCUACUUUAUGUACGAUUGCCAGGAGAAGGAUCAUCCGCUGUUCCCCAAGCAACAAGGCGCCUCCUACAUGCUGCGCACGCGACAUCUUCAGGUGCUGCUCUACUGCAUUGUCGUCACCCUCAAUGUGCCCUUCUACAAUAUUGACUUUAGCAUUCACAAAGUGGAAAUGCUGCGCGAGGGCGUCACCUUGGAGGAGCAGGAGGAGGAGGGCGAAGAUGAGGGCAACCAAACUGGCGGUUAGGCUAGAAGCUUAAUGAUGAUUGUGUUCGUAAUUUUAUAGACAGGCUAUGUAACCAAAGAAAUUCUAAAAAUGCACACAGUUUAAUUUAUUCUUGCCUUGUGGCUACUUGUGA